AUGAAAAGACUGGAUAUAGAGAUAUUAGGAUUAUGUGAAACACGAUGGGCAGACAGUGGUGACUUUUGGUCCGAUGACUUUAAAGUUAUUUGUACAAAUAGUACAAGAAGGCAAGCGGAAUUAUUUCUAACAAAAAGUGGGAUACAAGAAUUAAAAAUGUGGUAA